AUGAGCGACCUCAACUACUAUGAAAUCUACCGCAAGACCAGCAUCGGUCUCACGUUGAUGGACACGCUGGACGAGCUUAUCAGUACCCGUCGCAUGGAGCCGCAGCUUGCCAUCAAAAUCAUGCAGAACUUCGAUAAGGCGCUUGCCGACGUGAUCUCGGAGAAGGUGAAGGCUCGCAUGAGCUUCAAGGGUCACCUCGACACCUACCGCUUCUGUGACGACGUGUGGACCUUCAUCAUCAAGGACAUCACCUUCAAGAUGGACAACUCCCAAUCGCUUACCGCCGACAAGAUCAAGAUCGUCAGCAACAACAGCAGCAGGCCUGGGAACUAA